CAGUGGAAAUUUCAACUCCAAUGAAGGAAAUCAAUGGUCCCGCCAUCAUGCUUUACCCGCCACUACUGUCCAGUUACAUCGUAAUAAAUUUCACCCUCCAAACUAAUGGUGUGGCUAGCUUCAUCGCCUGUGACCAUCCAAAAGGAAGCGAAGUGUCUAUCGCAUCAGGUCGCUGCCGUGUCCUGGUCAUUGAUACGAACUGCAAAAACAUGGUAAGAGUAGGUUUCAAAGGAACAGCUAACGGAACUGAUGAAGUGAUAAGACCAGGUGAAAGCAAAUACGUGCUAGCGUGGGAGCAGGAUAUCAUCAGGGAGGAGCGACCGCUGAGGGCGCUGGUCACCCUGACAGAGCUACCCAAUGACACAGAAAUGAUCACGUUUCAACCACAUGGUCAGGCUGCUCGGUCACUGAUCUUCUCGUGGCGCGGGACUUCUGGCGGAGGAAGAUUGUUGUCUGUUGGUGUAUCAAAUACUGUUGACGGACGAUUCGGUGAUUGUGAUUUAGGUGGUGGUGACGACGACGGAGGUGACACUGAUGGCAAAGAUGUUGGCGGUUGUCGUGGUGACGGUGGCAGUGUUGGCGGCGAUGAUGGUGAUGGGGAUUGUGGUAUUGGCAAUGAUGAUACUGUUGCCAGUGGUAGUAAUGAUGAACAUUCACUUUCCACACACUGGACCUUUUUCUCACCACAAUUCUGUGUCCCAUUCAAUUGA